CUCCCUCCCACUAUAAACAAAUAUUUUCCCGUUGUACUAAUCUCCCAAUCAAUUGGUUAUUCUGCGGGGAGCAUCGUCGAGCAUGGUGACUGCAAGUUUGUGGGUUUGCUGGUGGGUUGAGGUUUCCGGAAGCCGGUCGACGAAAAGGGACUGAGACGUGGUUGUUCUCGAGCUUAGUAUUGUUUUGGGUCUUUGGAAAUUUGGGAGGAACUGGGUUGGGUUGAGUCGGUGGCGAUUGGAUGCGAUGCAGAUGCAUGAGUUUUGAGGUUCGGGGAGGGUUCGCGGAAGAUUGCAAGGCGGAACGGGAUCGACCCAUAAUUUGGCGACGGGUAUUUGCGUGUGGAGUCGGGUGCCAUGGAGAUAAUGCACUGCUUACACCAGAAACUGUUAAGUAGCGGAUCAGGAGCACUUACAAAAUUUUCCGCUGCAACAAACCGAGACCCGUUUUAUCUCCAUACUUCAACGACUGUACCACGCCUACAUCGCGAAAGAACACAAUCGAGAUGCAAGCAGUCUACCAGAAUCACAGCGCAGUGCUUCGAGAAAUCGAUUGCAGCAACUCCCAAAACAUGCAGAGCACUAGAUAGCGCAUGGAGCUCAGGUGGAGUCUUGAGAGGAAGGCUGGUUUCGUUCCACCAGCCAGACCGGGACAUUCCUGACACAGAACAGCGAUCGGUGAGGUGUUCGUCAGCAACGGCUGGGGUCGACGCAUUUGGAUCGUUUGGCGAGUCGGAGAAUAUUGCACGAGGUUUCGGAAGUGGCAUUAUGAAGGACAUUGAACGUCGGCUCCCGCAAUACGCCACUGACUUCACGGAUGGACUCCACCCCAAGGCUUUGAGUGCGGCUGCGUAUAUGAUCUUCGCCUCGCUCGCCCCAUGCUUUGCCUUCGGCGGGAUGAUUUCACGAUUAACAGCUUGCCAUAUGGGGCUUCUGGAGACCAUAAUAAGUUGUGCAAUAUCAGGACUCAUCUAUACUUCAUUCGCGGCGCAACCUCUUACUUUGCUUGGCCCUACCGGCUUCAUGGUUGUGAUCACUGGUGCUUUGUAUAGGGCAACUAAGCAAGCCAUGUUGCCGUUUCUUCCUAUUUACGGCUGGGUCGGUAUCUGGUCUUGUGUAUUUCUUCUCGGUCUAGGAGCUAUGGAGGCCAGCUCAGAGUUAGUCAAGUACUUGACACGAUUCGUGGACGAGACAUUCACAACGUUUAUCUCCAUUGGCUUCAUGAUGGAAGCUUAUAAGGGUGUUUCAAGUCUGUAUAGCCCCGCCAGCUCUUAUCCCAUUGAGACUGCGUUUCUGUCGUUUCUUCUGGCCGCUGGAACCUACGCAACUGCUAAAAUCCUAACUCAGCUGCGAACGUCACGUUUGUUGCUGCGGCCAUUUUCUGGCGUUCUUGCUGAUUUUGGGGCUCCAUUAGCAAUCUUCCUUAUGUCAAUGGUGCCAAUUCGGUUCUUUCCAACAGUACCUCUACCGUUAAUGCCAGCAGCAUCAACGAUAGCAUCAACCGCAGGCCGUCAGGGCUGGCUUGUGCCCCUUUUCAGCAUACCUUCUUGGGCUAUUGCUGCAUCAGCUAUUCCUGCAGUUUGUGUCAGUCUAUUGAUUUUCCUUGAUCAGACCAUGACAGCCCGUCUUGUAAACAAUUUUCCCUCUCCUCGACUUAGAAAGAGCGCAGGAUAUAAUCUUGAUUUGGCUGCAGUUGGAGUGACUACGGCAGUAGCAUCUUUACUCGGAUUGCCUUGGAUGGUGGCCUCGGCUGUGCCGUCUUUGAACCAUGUCCGAAGCUUAAUUGUUCCAGCCAAAAGCACAAGUGCUAGCGGAGACGAAGCCACCAAGGAAGAAGAGAGUGGGCCUCGUGUGCUGGAAAAUCGUCUUACAGGCCUCAUGAUCUCUGCGGGAGUGGGAGCAUCACUAGCGUUUUGGCCACUUCUGCGACGUGUUCCACUUCCGGUCACUAGCGGUCUGUUUGUAUUCAUGUCAUUGAGCAUCAUCAGCAGCAACCAGUUUGUAGAAAGGGUCAAGCUUUGGCUAUACCACCCGGAUCUAACUCCAGACCACGAAUUCACAAAGGAAGUCCCCAAACAUGAAGUUCACAAGUUCACUGCGCUUCAGCUAGCUUGUCUUUGGGCACUGUGGAACCUAAAGGAGAGCAAAUGGGGACUUGCAUUCCCAGUGGUGAUUCUAGCGCUUGUACCGAUCCGAAACAUGUUGGCCACACGGUUAUUCCAAGCGCAGCAUUUAGCUAUCCUUGAUCCGAAGUGACCCCAACUCUCGCCCUGCCAAUUUACUCAAAGAUUUAUGGGAGCUAGAAGUUGGUGACAAUAACAAAUGUGAGCAGCAGUGGAACAGAAAUAAUCUGCCUCACAUGCUCACCGGCUUUGAGUUGUAGAGUAAGAAAUUAAAGCGUGUCAAAAAACAACGCAACCUAGUGACAACAUUAAUGGUAGAAUGCUGAACUCACUAUCAAGUAUCGUUUCAGUAAGUAUACAUGUACAUUAUUCUGUUUCUAUUUGAGCUUUUGGCUUGAGCAGUGCUUGGAUUGGACUUGCUUGCCUCUUGGUUUGCAUGGGUUCAACGAGGCUGUGGAUAGAUUACAUGUUAGUUUAAACAACUACCAAGUAUAGCACAUCUGUCGUUCAUUUGGUGAGGCAUCUGAAUCAUUAAAGAAAAGAAUAAAAUAAAAUAAAAUAAAUAAAUUGAGUUUUGAUGA